AGAGAAAAUAUGUGAAAGGCGAAAAAAUCGCCAUCCGCAUUUCACCCAACAAGUCGCAAAGACGUGUACCCAUUCCUUCGCCAGCGCCGCGAAAAAAAAUCUAAUUGGAACUCUGAUUAGCCUAAAUUUUCCGUACCUUCAGACUUCAAAGUUUACCGCGGUACCGCAUACAAAACACGCACAAUGUCGACCUUCGAGCAAGCCGUCGAGAACGCCAAGAUCCUGAAGGUGACCCCACCGGAUGCGGAUCUGCUGAUUAUUUACGGUCUGUACAAACAGGCAACGGUCGGCGAUUGCAACACCGCCAAACCGGGCAUGCUGGACUUCAAGGGCAAGGCGAAGUGGGAAGCCUGGAACGGGCGUAAGGGAAUGUCCCAGGAUGAGGCCAAGCAGGCAUACGUCGAUAAGGUGGCUCAGCUGGUCGAACAGUAUGGUCUUCAGUAAGGCGCUGCUGCUGCUCGGGCCGACGACGACGAGAACUACGCCGUCUAGCAAUGGUGAAUGGUGGUUUAAUUAAGCACAGAUAUUCUUCGGGCAAGUGGGGAAAGGUUAAGCUUCCAGACUUUUUAGUGUUAAGUUUAUGGAAUGAUAUUUUUUUCGCUCGUAGAAACAAAACCGCAUGGACUGUAUUUGAAAUACAUUUAUUAUUCGAUUUGUAACGCCUUGGAAUAGGAGAAUAUUUAUAUCUAACAAUAAAUUUAAUCAAAAGAUUAAAUGGA